AUGGGGGGGCUCAUUUCCCGUGGCAGCCAGCCCCCCACUUCUGCCUGGGUCCCCUGGGAGCUGCCCUGGGGACAUCCCCCUCCUGUCCCCUCACGGCUCCUCACGCUGCUCUUUGCCUCCCCGCAGGGCCUGCCGGGGGAGCGGGGGCUGCCCGGCCCCACGGGGAAACCGGGCCCGAAGGGAGAUCCUGGCCACGACGGGGCCCCCGGCGUGGUGGGAGAGAAGGGUCCCCAAGGUCCGCAGGGUCCCAACGGCUUCCCGGGCACCAAAGGGCCCCCUGGCCCCGCGGGGAAGGACGGCUUGCCGGGACACCCGGGGCAGCGCGGAGAGCCGGGAUUUCAUGGCAAAACCGGCCCCCCCGGCCCCACGGGGGUGGUGGGACCCCAGGGUAAACUGGGCGAAACGGGGCCGGUGGGCGAGAGGGGGCACCCAGGCCCUCCUGGCCCCCCCGGGGAGCAGGGUCUGCCUGGAGCUGCUGGCCGAGAAGGAGCCAAGGGAGACCCCGGCCCGGCUGGCGUUGCUGGUAAGAGCGGCCCCCUGGGCAUCCACGGCUUUCCUGGCACGCGGGGGGCACCCGGAGAGACGGGUCCCCCUGGCCUGAAGGGUGGCGAAGGCCCCCCCGGCCCCCCUGGGCCCACGGGUUCCCCUGGCGAGCGAGGCCCCACGGGGGCUGCGGGAGGCAUCGGCCUGCCCGGCCGUGGGGGUGCGCAGGGCCCCCCCGGUCCCCUGGGCGAGAAGGGGUCCCCGGGCGAGCGGGGUCCCAUGGGUCCGGCCGGGCACGACGGGGUCCAGGGCCCCCUGGGGCUGCCGGGGCCCCCCGGUCCCCCCGGCCCCGCUGGAGAGGAUGGGGACAAGGGCGAGAUGGGGCUUCCCGGACAGAAGGGCAGCAAAGGCGACAAGGGCGAGGCGGGUCCUCCAGGCCCGCCAGGAAUCCAGGGACCCAUCGGGCACCCCGGCCCUGCGGGAGCGGAUGGGGAGCCGGGGCGCCGCGGGCAGCAGGGGAUGUUUGGGCAGAAAGGAGACGAGGGAUCGCGGGGUCACCCCGGCCUGAGCGGCCCCCCCGGAUUACAGGGCAUGCCAGGCCCCCCAGGAGAAAAGGGCGAAAACGGAGACGUUGGCCCCAUGGGACCCCCCGGAGCGCCAGGACCCCGUGGGCCGCAGGGACCCAGUGGUGCCGAGGGUCCCCAGGGAAUGCCGGGUGGCGUGGGACAGCCGGGGGCCGUGGGAGAAAAGGGUGAGCCCGGUGAAGCCGGGGACCCCGGAGCCCCUGGGGAGCCUGGCCCAGCCGGUGUGAAAGGAGACGUGGGGGAGAAGGGAGACGCGGGGCCGUCGGGGGCAGCCGGACCCCCCGGCAAGAAGGGCCCCCCGGGAGAGGAUGGAGCCAAAGGCAACCUGGGUCCCAUCGGCUUCCCAGGGGAUCCCGGCCCCCCCGGAGACCCCGGCCCGCCGGGUCUGGACGGGGCUGUUGGAGAGAAGGGUGACGGUGGGGACCCCGGCCUGCCGGGUCCGCCAGGCGCCUCAGGGGAACCGGGGCCCCCAGGCCCCCCCGGGCGGAGGGGACCCCUGGGACCCGUGGGGCGCGAGGGCCGUCAGGGCGAGAAGGGUGCCAAGGGGCAGCCCGGCACCGAGGGGCCGCCUGGGAAGACGGGACCCGUGGGGGCGCAGGGGCCCCCGGGGAGGCCAGGCUCUGAAGGGUUGCGGGGGAUCCCUGGCCCUGCGGGCGAACAAGGCCUCCUGGGGGCACCGGGACAAGCGGGACCACCCGGCCCCCUGGGCCCCGUGGGAUUGCCCGGCCUCAAGGGAGACCCCGGCCACAAGGGAGAUAAGGGCCACGCUGGCUUGAUCGGGCUCAUCGGACCGCCGGGGGAGAUGGGGGAGAAAGGAGACCAGGGGCUCCCGGGCAUCCAGGGCCCCCCGGGACCCAAAGGAGACCCCGGUUUGGCUGGCCCCACCGGCCCCCCCGGCCCCCCCGGCCCCCCCGGGCUCUCGGGUCCCUUGGGCCAGAAGGGCUCCAAAGGCUCGCCGGGCGCUCUGGGUCCCCGAGGUGACACAGGCCCCCCAGGGCCCCCAGGCCCACCGGUAAGGGAUGCUUUGGGGCACAGGGACAACGGGGGGGGGGGGGGGGGG